AUGUCAGACAACCAGGGCAACCUGAACAACAACAACGUCCCGCUAAACAACAAUGGCGGGCCCAACAGAAUGCGCAACCCGAACCUCAACCAGAACCCGCUCAUCAACGUGCGGGACCGGCUCUUUCAUGCCCUCUUUUUUAAGAUGGCAGUCACCUACGCCAGACUCUUCCCGCCGUCUUUUCGGCGGAUUUUCGAGUUCUUCGUGCUUUUGAAGGCCUUGUUUGUGCUCUUCAUUCUGGCCUACAUCCACAUCGCCUUCUCUCGAUCACCCAUUAACUGCUUGGAGCAUGUACGUGAGAAGUGGCCGCGUGACGGUAUCUUGCGUGUGGAGAUCCAGCGCAACUCAAGCCGUGCACCUAUAUUCCUGCAAUUCUAUGAGACCGAGGGAUUCCAGGGUCUGGUCAAAGAGCCUGAUGGAGACACGGAGGAUGCCACCCGAGCUCCUGUUCACCACGAAGAGGAGGAAGAAGAAGACAUGACCAUGGAAAUGUUUGAUAACAGCUCUGUUAGGUUUGAGCUGGACAUUGAGCCCCGGCUGAAGCCCUCCCUGAGUGCUGGUGUCCCGGGCUUGGGCCGGAACGACACACAGGACCUCUCCUUUAGCCAGGCGCCCUCUAAAGGUAUGCAGCCGCUGAAGGAGACUGUCUCCGAGAUUGAGAUGCUCACUCGAGCAGUUUGGCCUCAGGAGGAAUAUAUAGUGGAGUAUUCUCUGGAGUAUGGCUUUUUGCGGCUGUCUCAAACCACAAGGCAACGUCUCAACAUUCCUGUCAUGGUGGUUACCCUGGACCCAAUGAAGGACCAGUGCUUCGGAGACGGCUUUAGUCGCUUCCUGUUAGAUGAGUUCCUCGGCUAUGAUGACAUACUGAUGUCCAGUGUGAAGGCCUUGGCAGAAAAUGAGGAAAAUAAAGGGUUCUUAAGAAAUGUGGUUUCGGGAGAACACUACCGUUUUGUCAGUAUGUGGAUGGCACGUACCUCCUACCUGGCUGCCUUUGUGAUCAUGGUCAUAUUCACCCUCUCUGUGUCCAUGCUGCUCCGCUAUUCCCACCACCAGAUUUUUGUCUUUAUAGUGGACCUUCUGCAGAUGCUAGAGAUGAACAUGACCAUCGCCUUCCCAGCAGCUCCUCUUCUUACUGUAAUCCUGGCACUUGUUGGGAUGGAAGCUAUCAUGUCUGAGUUUUUCAAUGACACAACCACAGCUUUCUAUAUCAUCCUCAUCGUGUGGCUGGCUGACCAGUACGAUGCAAUCUGCUGCCACACAAACACAAGUAAACGCCACUGGCUCAGGUUCUUUUAUCUGUACCAUUUUGCAUUCUAUGCCUACCAUUAUCGCUUUAACGGUCAGUACAGCAGCCUGGCUCUUGUCACGUCUUGGCUCUUUAUUCAGCACUCCAUGAUCUACUUCUUCCACCAUUACGAGCUGCCGGCUAUCCUGCAGCAGAUUCGUAUCCAGGAGAUGCUGCUGCAGAAUCAGCAAGCGGGACAGGGCAACCAAACGGCGCUGCAAGACAACCUGAACAAUAACACCAGUGCAGUGGGCCCCGCUGGACGAGCCACAGCAGCUGCUGCUGCUGCCACAGCUGCUACAGUCAACGGCCAAGACCACCAGCCUGCUGUAGCUCAGCCGCAAGCAGAAGCACCAAACGGCCUACCCACACCCACCACGCCUGCUGCGACGUCCAGCGAUCCGAAUUGGAUGGCUGAGACGGCGGCCAUCAUCACAGAGGCCAUUAUUACAGAGGCCCUGUCAGCCCCACACUUGGACAGGGCUUUGUUGGACUCGCCAGUGUCUACUGCUGGUGUGAGUGUGACGAUGGAGACGCAAGGCCAAAGCAUGUCAGGUGAAAGCCAGGAGGGUCAAAGUUCUUCGUCUGAAGAUCCAGAGAUAAAACCUCGGGGCUGUGCUCAGGGCCUGGGCCCUCCUGGAGGAGGAGAAAAAGAGGAAGCAGGAGCAAGUCCUUCAUUCACAGACUGUAGAAAGUCAGAGGCAGGCGAAGUGGACACGCGGCAACACGCCACAGACUGGCAUGGCAAGAAAGAGGGCGAAAGUCGCACUGGACCGUCAACAGCUCCCUCCUGAGCUUGGCGCUUGUUCGCCCCCAUUCCAAACUUGUGAUUCCACCUCCUUUCCUCUUCAACUAGCAGCAACCGAGCUUCUUCACCCUAAACACAUCCAGAUAAGGCCUUGAGAAGAAUGAGGAGCAGCAUCAGCGAUGGAGUGCAAUGUAAUCACACCCCUAAAUGUCUGGUCAUGAAAUGGGGGGGUGGAACUUUUUCAGUUUUAGGGAAUUUGAGAGUAAAAGAUCUUCUCGAUUUAUGUUGAAGAGACACAAUGUCAGGGUGAAAUCUGUUGGAGAGCAUUUGUGUUUUGUUUUUUUGUUUUGUCCCUCCUUUUUUAAGAGAUGAUUGAUAGAUGAUGGAUUUCUUGAAAGACUGGGUGUGUUUGCAUAUUAUGAUGUGUUUAACAAUUAUAGUAAUUCUAAUGACAACCUGAGUCAUUCAGAUCUCAGCAUUGGUCCAUGUCAUGUAAAGCAAUUAUCUAGUCUUUAUUAAGUAUCAGUUCAUUCAGGCCAAACACUCGGCGAAUGUGUUAGACGAUUCCAGUUUUUGACAGGUUUUAUGCAAUAGCAGACCACCCAUUGUACGGAAGAACCCAAGGUAGACCUUUCACUCACACCUGGAAUGUUUAAUCUCAGUCACUACUGCUUUGAAAAUGAGCUUAGUUGCAUUUUAAGUCAAUUUGAAGACUACAUUCAGAUUGUAAAACGUGAUUUGAAGAUACUCUGUAUGCUUGUUUCACAUCUGGUCAUCUGGGCGUUGUGUGAUCCCAAAAAUGUACUUAAAGGUACAUCCACCUACUCCUGCUAGAGAAUCAUCACCUGGAGGUCAUUUUCAUGUUUCUUCCUUGUUGUUGUCUAUUGGGGGACUCUAUUGUAUUUGUUGAGGUUGGUUGUAUUUUUCCCAUAGUGGAUCUUCAGAUCAGAUGAGUUUGUUGAGGGCAUUGAGAAACGGUUGCCUUAGUUCCAUAAACCCUCUAAUUGCGUUAUAAGGUGAUUGUACCAUAGGUCGAUAGCCUUAUAAGAGGGAACAGUCAUUUAGAUGCUUGCUUGUUUUUGUUUGUUGCCCUUUGCUUAUUUCACAGCAUUUUGGAAAUAAUUACAUCAUAAAAGCAGGCUUAAUUGUUGGGUUUUCCUAAAAUUUCCCUUAUGAAUAUUAUUUUUCUGCCAAAUAGUACAUGUUAUGGAAUGUGGAAUGUGAGAGCAUAGUACAAAAUUUCAGAUACUCCUAUCUGUACUGCUGAACAUGCCGAGACCAAGUCUUACAUGUGUGAAUCAAAUUAUGAUGCACGUUCCGUCACAGAAAAGCAUCUGGUUAUCAUGCUUCUGCUGUUUAAAGUUUAUGCAAAGUGUCCCUGCACAUCAGUACCAAUUAGAAAGUCGUCAUCAUCAGAGGUCAGUAAACGGUUGUCCAAUGUCUUGUGCAUUUGAAAACAGAGCGAUACAGAAUUGAGAAUGCUGUGUAUGCCUUACAGAUCACACAUGGACAGGACAAGCCAAUUAACCAACCCGCAAAUAUCCCUCCUGGCUUGACAGACUGGGAUCAUUUUGUAUAACGAUCUUUACUCCGGUGAACCGAUUACGAGAUUAAAAUCACCUUCACUCUGUGGCCGAGAUAAGAAGGGAGGAAACGGCGCAAUGUAUUUUCUUGGAAGGCUGUCAUUUAAAGGCUAUGCAACAAAAAUGCAGCAAAGUAAAUGCCAAUGGAUUUGGGAGAGAUGGUCUUAUCCGAAAAAGAAAGGCAAAAAGUGUGCAAUAUGUCAAGUGGGUUUGAGAGCAGUUUUCAGCAUGAGUGCUUCACAAGUGAACUUUUCUGAUCGGUUCUCUUGUUUAUUUUUUUUCUGUGCCUAUUUGCCGUUCUGUCAGAAUGCAGGAUGACAAGUUGCUUUCCUUCCAGGUCUAUUAAGUGAAGAAAAGCCACAGUUCUAGAUUUUCCUCUUUCAUUCAGAUGUAUUUAACUGUAAAAACAAGAUGCAUAAACAGACAAAAAGGAUUUUCCACUCAGAA